AUGAGUGGCGCUGCACUCGGUGUGGAGAUCAUUCUGGUCUUCUUCCUUGCUCUGUUCCUGCUGCACCGGUACGGAGACUUCAGGAAGCAACAGAGGAUGGUUCUGUUCGGCACGCUGGUGGCCUGGUACCUCUGCUUCCUCAUCGUCUUCAUCCUCCCUCUAGACGUCAGCACGACCAUCUACAGUCAGUGUGUCUGGGACCACCAGGACCUGGUCUCAGUUCCCACCAUCAGCCCAGUCAACCACAGCUCCCUCAACACGUCUGCAGAACCAACCAGCAGAGUUUUGACUCAGUGCUACAGACCCUGGAGCUACAUCCCUGAAAACAUCAGGCCUUUGUUCUGGAGGGUGGUCUACUGGACCUCCCAGUGCCUCACCUGGCUGCUGCUGCCCUUCAUGCAGUCCUACGCUCGCUCCGGAGGCUUCUCCAUCACCGGCAAGAUCAAAACGGCGCUCAUUGAGAAUGCCAUCUAUUACGGCACCUACCUGCUGAUCUUCGGCUCACUGCUCAUCUACGUGGCCGUCCACCCUGAGCUGCACCUGUCCUGGUACGAGCUGCAGACCAUCGGCAUCACAGCAGCUAACACCUGGGGUCUGUUCCUGCUGGUCCUCCUGCUCGGCUACGGCCUGGUGGAGAUCCCUCGCUCCUACUGGAAUGCCUCCCGACACGGACACCUCCUCAUCAAAACCUACUUCAAGGCGGCCAAGCUGAUGACCGAAAAGGCGGACGCCGAGGAGAACCUGGAGGACGUGAUGGAGGAGGUCAGGAAGAUCAGCGAGUCCAUCAAGUACAACCAUCCACUGAGGAAGUUCAUCGACACCAUUCUGAGAAAGUGUCCUGUGGACUAUCAAGAGAAGAUGGGUCGGAACAUGGAUGACUACGAGGACUUUGAUGAGAAGCAGAACAUGUACCCGACGGAGAAGAACCUGGUGAAGCUGCACAAACAGGUGAUCUACGCAGUGCAGAGACACAACAGGACCCGGGUCCAGUGGCAGAUCCUCCUGCAGCAGGCGGUCCACCUGGAGGACGUGGCCAAGAACGAGACCAGUUCCAGCCACCAGUUCGUUCACAGCUUCCCGUCCUCUGAGACCGCUGGCUGGGUCAGCAGAUAUGUCUACACCCCGACUGUAGAGUGGUACUGGGAGUGUCUCCUGAAGCGCUGGUUCUACCGGCUGCUCUCGGUGGUUCUGACCCUGUUCAGCGUGGCCGUGGUUUGGUCUGAGUGCACCUUCUUCAGCACCCGGCCCGUCCUGUCUCUGUUCGCUGUCUUCAUCCAGCUGGCUGAGCGAGACUACAACUACCUGUAUAUCGAGAUGGCGUGCUUCAUCACCAUCUUCUUCCUCUGCACGUGUGUUUACUCCACGGUGUUUCGGAUCCGGGUCUUUAACUACUACUACCUGGCCUCGCACCAUCAGACCGACGCCUACAGCCUGCAGUUCAGCGGCAUGCUUUUCUGUCGUCUGACUCCUCCUCUGUGUCUGAACUUCCUGGGUCUGAUCCACAUGGACUCGGCCAUCUCCCACCAGGAGAAGCUGCAGACGGCAUACACCACCAUCAUGGGGUCCAUGAAAGUCCUCUCCUUCAUUGCCAAUGGUUUCUACAUCUACUACCCCAUGUUGAUUGUCCUCCUCUGCAUCGCCACCUACUUCAGUCUGGGGACUCGCUGCCUGAACCUCCUGGGCUUCCAGCAGUUCAUGGACGACAGCGAAAUGACCUCUGACCUGAUCGACGAGGGGAAGGAGCUGAUUCGGCGCGAGAGGAGGAAACGCCAGAGGAUUGAAGAUGGAGAGAACAGACGCAGGGAGUGGAAAGAGCGUUACGGAAACCAGAGAGACGACUUUGCCACCAGGAACCGGAGCAGCCAUGAGAUGAAGGAGACAAACUACUCCGAGUCCAGCAGGGACAGACAAGCUAAAUAUUCUCACUCUGGGAGCCGAGCAGAGAGGGACUGCAUCGAGCUGCUGCAGGACGCCGAACCUCUGGACUUCAACGCCGACUCUCUGACAGACAACCCUCUGGAGACUGAGUCCGGCAGGCCCACAGCAGGACGGUAUCUGUCUAUGUCGUCGUCUCGAAACCGAAUAUUUGACGACGUCUAACAUCAUUUUCUUCAGCUCCUCCUGCUGAGAUGUGAUGCAGCAAUGAACUCCACCUCUCAGCUGUUUCCUCCCAGCAUGCAUGCUAAAACCUGCCAGCUUGGCUGCGUCUGAACCUCUGUCUCCCAACACUUUGAUCAGACCUCGCCUCCAGCUCGGCUGCUGGUCAGUGACAGCUCUUCGAAGGACUAUUUCUGCUGUCUCUGUUGUUUAAAGCCUUCAGUCUGAAUGAUGAAGCUGGACUCAUUGCUGAGCAACUGUCUCUGAGCAUGCUCAUGAACGCACGUCAUGCUAAUCGGAGCAUUAAUGAAGGUCACUAGGUGUUAUUUAUAUUUAUAAUUUCUCCUCCAUGUUGAAGAUUUAUUUAACUGAUGAAUCACACUGAAAAUUAAUUUGCACUUGAUCUGAAAUGCCUGAACUAUUAAUUCAUGAUGAUGGUGUGAAACCGGUCGGCCCUGAAGCUCUACAUAACCUGACCCGCAACUCUUUGUGCACGUUACAUUUAUAAGCCCCCAUUUGUGUUGAUGUGUAGAAACUAAACUUGUAUUUCUGUUUGUUUGAUCAGAUUUAGUUUACAGCACAGGAUAAAGUUUUCUAACCAGCUGUUUUCAUCUGUCAGCCAAUUUAAAUCCUUAGACAUAAUAAGUUUAUACUUCAUGUUGUUAAUCCAGUUUUAACUCAAGUAAUUUUAGUUUUUAUUAGUUUAGUUCAUUUGAGUUUAACCUGAAACACCAAGAGGACCGAGUACACAUCCCAGAGGAACUCCACAGAGGUCUCAUCCUGCGUUGAACCUUCUGAUUGCAGCUUCAUGAAAACAAGGAGCUGCUGGAAGUGUAGAAAACAUGAACAGAUCCUUAAAAUCUGUUGAACAUGUCAGUUCAGAUGCUUCAUGACAGAAACCCAACCAUUGAAGAUGGACGAUGCAGCCGGUUUACCACCUUCAUUUGCCUCUCCCUCCU